AUGACCGCUGCUGGUCCCCUCUUACUGGGUGUGAUUUCGUCUGUCCUGUGGCUCACGCGGGGCUUCGACCCGGCUCCCAGCGCCUGCUCAGCCCUGGCCUCCGGCGUCCUGUACGGCUCCUUCUCGCUCAAGGACCUCUUCCCCACCAUCUCCUCCGGCUGCUCCUGGACCCUGGAGAACCCCGACCCCACCAAGUACUCGCUGUACCUCCGCUUCAACCGCGAGGAGCAGGUCUGCACCCACUUCUCGCCCAUGGUGCUGCCGCUCGACCACUACCUGGCCAACUACACCUGCGACCCGCGCGGCGAGGCCGCCAGCCCCCCGCCCUCCCCGCGGCGCCCGCAGGAGGAGGAGGAAGAGGAGGAGGAGGAGGACGAAGCCGAGCUGGAGCUGUGCGAGGGCGCGGGGCCCUUCACCUUCCUGCACUUCGACAAGAACUUCGUGCAGCUCUGCCUGGCGGCCGAGCCCGAGGCGGCGCCGCGCCUGCUGGCCCCCCAGGCCCUGGAGUUUCGCUUCGUGGAGGUGCUGCUCAUCAACAACAACAACUCCAGCCAGUUCACCUGCAGCGUGCUGUGCCGCUGGCUCGAGGAGUGCCUGCAGGCGCCCGGCACCCGCCGCUGCGGCCUCACCCACGCCGGCUGCAGCUGCCAGGCGGAGAGCCCCCCGGCACCGCGCCACAACGGCUCGGGGCACGCCGCCCGCACGCCCGCCCCGCCGCCCCCCGCCGCCGCCCCCACCGAGCGCUGCUGCCCCCCCGAGCUGCAUUCUGCAAAUGCCAACGGGUUCGACCUGCCCGAGGUGCCGCACGGCAAUGCGGUUGAGGAGAACCAGAAGGUGAAAACCCAGUGGCCCCGGUCGGCGGACGAGCCGGGUGUCUACAUGGCCCAGACAGGGGACCCCGCGGCAGAGGAGUGGUCCCAGUGGAGCGUCUGCUCCCUGACGUGCGGGCAGGGCUCCCAGGUGCGGACGCGCUCCUGCGUCUCCUCUCCCUACGGGACGCUGUGCAGCGGGCUGCUGCGCGAGACGCGGACCUGCAACAACACGGCCACCUGCCCAGUGGAAGGGCAGUGGCUGGAGUGGGGCGCCUGGAGCCGCUGCUCCGUCACCUGCGCCAACGGCACGCAGCAGCGCACGCGCAAGUGCAGCGUCUCGGCCCACGGCUGGGCAGAGUGCCGGGGGGCCCACGCCGACGCCCGCGAGUGCUCCAACCCCACGUGUCCCACCGACAGCAAGUGGGGCCCCUGGAACCACUGGAGCCUCUGCUCCAAGACCUGCGACACGGGCUGGCAGCGCCGCUUCCGCAUGUGCGAGGGCACCGGCGUGCAGGGCUACCCCUGCGAGGGCACGGGCGAGGAGGUGAAGACCUGCAACGAGAAGAAGUGCCCAGCCUACCACGAGAUGUGCAAGGACGAGUACGUCAUGCUGAUGACCUGGAAGAAGACCGCCGCCGGGGACGUCAUCUACAACAAGUGUCCCCCCAACGCCACAGGGUCCGCCAGCCGCCGGUGCCUGCUGAGCCCCCACGGGGUCGCGUACUGGGGUGUGCCCAGCUUUGCCCGCUGCAUCUCCCACGAGUACCGAUACUUACAUCUCUCACUGCGGGAGCACCUGGCCAAGGGGCAGCGGGUGCUGGCGGGCGAGGGCAUGUCGCAGGUGGUGCGGAGCCUGCUGGAGCUCAUGGCCCGCAAGACCUACUACAGCGGGGACCUGCUCUUCUCCGUGGAGAUCCUGCGCAACGUCACCGACACCUUCAAGAGGGCCACCUACACCCCGUCCUCCGAGGACGUGCAGCGCUUCUUCCAGGUGGUGAGCUACAUGGUGGACGCGGAGAACCGGGACAAGUGGGAGGACGCGCAGCAGGUCUCUCCCGGCUCCGUGCACCUGAUGAAGGUGGUGGAGGACUUCAUCCACCUGGUGGGGGACGCGCUGAAGGCUUUCCAGAGCUCCCUCAUCGUCACCGACAACCUGGUGAUCAGCAUCCAGCGCGAGCCCGUCUCCGCCGUCUCCAGCGACAUCAACUUCCCCAUGAAGGGGCGCCGGGGCAUGAAGGACUGGGCGCGCAGCUCCGAGGACAAGCUCUUCAUCCCCAGGGAGGUGCUCAGCCUCGCCUCCGCCGAGCUGGACGAGUCGUCCCACUUCGUCAUCGGGGCCGUGCUGUACCGCACGCUGGGGCUGAUCCUGCCCCCGCCCAGGGCCCCCCUGGCCGUCACCUCCAAGGUGCUGACGGUGACCGUGCGCCCGCCGACCAAGCCUGCCGAGCCCCUGGUCCUGGUGGAGCUCUCCCACGUCAUCAACGGCACGUCCCACCCGCAGUGCGUCACCUGGGACUACUCGAGGACGGAUGCUGGCUUGGGAAACUGGGACACGGAGGGCUGCCAAACCCUGGAGACCCUCCCGGCGCACACCAAAUGCCAGUGCCGCCAGCUCGCCACCUUCGCCGUCCUCGCCCAGCUGCCCAGAGACCUGGCCAUGGACCCCUCGGGCACCCCCUCGGUGCCGCUGAUGAUCGGCUGCGCUGUCUCCUGCAUGGCCCUGCUGACCCUGCUGGUGAUCUACGCUGCCUUCUGGAGGUUCAUCAAGUCAGAGCGCUCCAUCAUCCUGCUCAACUUCUGCGUCUCCAUCCUGGCCUCCAACAUCCUCAUCCUCGUGGGGCAGUCCCAGAUGCUCAGCAAGGGCGUGUGCACCAUGACGGCCGCCUUCCUCCACUUCUUCUUCCUCUCCUCCUUCUGCUGGGUGCUGACGGAGGCCUGGCAGUCCUACCUGGCAGUGAUCGGCCGGAUCCGGACACGCCUGGUCAGGAAGCGCUUCCUCUGCUUGGGAUGGGGUUUGCCAGCCCUUGUGGUCGCCGUCUCCGUCGGCUUCACGCGGACCAAAGGCUACGGGACGGCGAGCUACUGCUGGCUCUCGCUGGAGGGCGGCCUGCUCUACGCCUUCGUGGGACCCGCUGCCGUCAUUGUGCUGGUGAACAUGCUGGUCGGCAUCAUCGUGUUCAACAAGCUCAUGUCCCGCGACGGCAUUUCAGAUAAGUCCAAAAAGCAGCGAGCUGGCUCGAAGCCCCCCCCCUGCGGCAGCCUGCUGCUGAAAUGCACCAAGUGCGGCGUGGUGUCCAGCGCCGCCAUGACCUCCGCCACCGCCAGCAACGCCAUGGCAUCGCUGUGGAGCUCCUGCGUGGUUCUGCCUCUGCUGGCGCUGACCUGGAUGUCGGCCGUGCUCGCCAUGACCGACCGGCGCUCCAUCCUCUUCCAGGUCCUCUUCGCCGUCUUCAACUCCGUCCAGGGCUUCGUCAUCAUCACCGUGCACGGCUUCCUGCGCCGAGAGGUCCAGGACGUGGUGAAGUGCCAGGUGGGGGGGUGCAGGGGCGAGGAGAACGAAAACUCCCCCGACUCCUGCAAGAACGGGCAGGUGCAGAUCCUGACAGAUUUUGAAAAGGACGUUGACCUGGCGUGCCAGACAGUGCUGUUCAAGGAGGUGAACACCUGCAACCCCGCCACCAUCACCGGCACCUUGUCCCGCAUCUCCCUGGACGGAGACGAAGACCCCAAGCUCAACACCAGCUCGGAGGGCGGCCUGGGCUUCUCCAGCCUGCCGGGCAACAUCCCCGCGCCCAGCAUCCUGGUGCAGGUGCCCAAGAUGACCCCCAACGUGGUGGCGGAGCUGGGCGAGCCGCCGGCGCAGCCGGUGGGGCUGGAGGCGCAGGGCCCCGUGUACCUGUGCACCGAGAGCAGCCUGCGGCCCGUGGACUACGGCUGGCUGCGGGCCCCGGAGCCGCCGCGGGAGAGCGACUACAUGGUGCUGCCGCGCCGCAGCGCCAGCCUCAAGCCCUUCCAGCGAGAGGACGGGCAGCUCGAGGAGGGGGCGCCCGGAGGGAAGGGGCGCCCGGCGUGCGAGGGGGACGCCUACCCCAGCUUCAUCUCGGUGGAGCACGUCAACGUGAACCUGAGCCAGCCCUACGGGACGGUGAAGCACCCCUACGGGCUCCAGUUCAAGCAGCACCCCACGGUGCGGCAGAUCCUGGCCUCGGAGCUGUCGGAGCGCAGCCGCACCAUGCCCCGCACCGUCCCCGGCUCUGCCAUGAAAGUGGGGUCCUUGGAGAGGAAGAGGUUGCGGUACUCCGACCUGGAUUUCGAGAAGGUGAUGCACACGCGGAAGCGCCACUCCGAGCUCUACCACGAGCUCAACCAGAAGUUCCACACGCUGGACCGGUACCGGGCCCCCGCUGCCGGCACCUCCAAGCGAGAAAAGCGGUGGAGCGUCUCUUCGGGCGGCGGGGAGAAGGGCACGGCCACGGAUGCGGCCGGCCCCGAUGCGCAGCAGCCGCCGGCCGCGCCGCCCAAGCCGUGGAGCACGUUCAAGGCGAUGACGUUGGGCUCCCUGCCCAGCGCCCACCGCGACCGGCUCGAGCUGCGCUGCGCCGACUGGGAGGGUCCCUGCGCCGGCCUGGAUGCGGCCGACGGCGAUUUCCAGACGGAGGUGUGA